AUGAAAUCUACCGUUAUAUCUAGUCUAGUAGUAGCAGCAGCAGCAGCAUGUGUGUAUACCACCACCGGAGCUGCUGCUGCACCUGCUGCUCCUGCCGCAGCAACAGCAGCAGCAAUGGAGGAAAUACCACAGGAAUAUCUUGCUGCAGUAACAAUGGAGGACAACAGCAGCAACAAUCUCCGUAGGGGUAUGUACGUCAUUGAGGGUUUCCAAGCACAAGAGGAUAAUAAUAAUAAUAAUAAUGAGGAAGAAGAGCAGCAGCAGCAGCAGCAAGAAGCAGCAGCAGCAUCCCCAGUAGCAAAUGAAGCAGCAACAGUACCACAACAGCAGCUGCAGCAGGAGCAACAAGACCAAGAGCAAGACCUAUCCUAUUCAACUGCAGCAGCAGCAGCAGAAGAAGAUGAUGAUGAGGAAGAGAACGAUGAUAAUAAUAAACAAUUAGAGGAAGGAGAAGAAGGAGAAGAAGAGGAAGACGAAGAAGAAGAAGAAGGAGCAGAAAAAAGAGAAUUAUCUUAUUCUAUUGUUUUCUUUACCAGAGAACAGCAGCAGCAGCAGCAGCACCAGCAGCACCAGAUAUGA